UUGACCACCUCACUCCCUCGCGUUCACACACUAUCUACACAUACACGUAUGGUAUAUAUACAUAUCAUAAUUUCAAAAUCAUGAUCAACAAAUUCAUGGCAUUCAACAACAAUACCCAAUACCAGACUCCCAAUCCUGAAAUGGACCUCUAUUCACUGCUAAACAGAGAUCCAGAAGAGUCCACAUCCGCCGCCGCUGGUCAGCAGCGGCGGCUGUGGGUGAAAACCCGGUCCAAGGCGUGGUGGGAGCACGUGAGCAGCCCGGACUACCCGGACGAGGAGUUCCGGAAGGCCUUCCGCAUGGGCCGGGCCACAUUCGACAUGAUCUGCACCGAGCUCGAGGCCGCGGUCACCAAGAAGGACACCACCCUCCGCCAGGCCAUCCCCGUGCGCCAGCGCGUCGCCGUGUGCAUCUGGCGCCUGGCGACCGGGGAGGCCCUGCGGGAGGUCUCUAGGCGCUUCGGCUUGGGGAUCUCCACCUGCCACAAGCUCAUCCUCGAGGUCUGCGCCGCCAUCCGGGCCGUCCUCAUGCCGAAAUUCCUCCAGUGGCCCGACCCGGCCCGCGCCGCCGCAAUCCGGGCCGGCUUCGAGGCCGCGUCCGGGAUCCCCGGGGUGGGUGGGGCAAUCUACACCACCCACAUCCCGAUCAUCGCGCCGAAGGUGAGUGUCGCUGCGUACUUCAACAAGCGCCACACUGAGCGGAACCAGAAGACGACGUACUCCGUCACGCUGCAGGGCGUUGUCGACCCGAACGGCGUGUUCACCGACAUAUGCGUCGGAUGGCCUGGCUCAAUGACUAAUGAGCACGUGCUCCAGAAGUCAGUGCUCUGCCAGCGCGCCCUGGCAGGCGCGCUGGCAGACACUUGGGUAGUGGGGAACUCAGCCUUUCCACUGACAGACUGGCUGCUGGUUCCCUACGCCCACCAGAACCUGACGUGGUCGCAGCACGCGUUCAACGAGAAGGUCGGGGAGGUGCAGGAGGUGGCGAAGGAGGCGUUCAUGCGGUUGAAGGCGAGGUGGAGCUGCCUGAGGAAGCGGACGGAGAUGAAGCUGCUUGAUUUGCCUGUGGUUCUCGGGGCUUGCUGCGUGCUGCAUAACAUAUGCGAGAUUAGGAACGAGGGGAUCGCGCCAGAGCUGAGGUUUGAGCUCUUCGACGAUCUGAUCGCGCCGGAUGAUCCGAUCAGGUCGCCGGAGGCCGUGCAUGCGAGAGACCAGAUUGCGCACAAGCUAUUGCAUCAUAAUCUCGCCGGCACUAAUUUUCAAUAGUGAUUGAAUUUGGUAAAACGAGAUUUAGCGAGCACUGAAAUACUCGCUAAACAAACAAAGGUGCUCUUUAAAACAGAGCCGAGCACUUAACUAAGUUACGUAAGGAAGAACGAAUAAGUUAUACUAGUAGCUAGUAACUAGUUUGUGUAGUGCAAUUCAUUGAUUUGAUUUAAUUUGUCAUAGCGAUCAUAUGUGUGUAUUACUACUUUAAACAGAUUUCAUUAUAAUUUAAAAUAUUCAUUAUAGUUUAAA